AUGGGUGUCUUUCACCCUUUGUGGCUUAUAUUUGCCAAUUUACUGAUUUUAUUCACAACUUGUGGACAUUCUGAAACACUUACUCCGCCAUACUUUAAUUUGGCUGAGGGUAGAAAGAUAACUGCUAGCUCAACAUGUGGUGUAGACAUUGAUGGACCUGAAUUAUAUUGUAAACUUGUCGGUUCUCAUACGGAUGAUCAACAAAAUCAAACUGCAUUCAUUGAGGAUCAAUUCCACACUGGAUUACUCAAAGGACAUGUUGUUAUUCAAGGACAGCAAUGUGACUAUUGUACCCCAGAGAGUCAUCCGGCGAUAAAUGCUAUUGACGGAACUGAACAAUGGUGGCAAUCUCCUCCACUUUCUCGUGGUAUGAAAUAUAAUGAAGUGAACCUUACAAUUGACUUUGGACAGGAAUUUCACGUCGCAUACAUUUUCAUUCGUAUGGGAAAUUCUCCUCGUCCUGGAUUAUGGACUCUUGAGAAGUCAUCGGAUUAUGGAAAAACAUGGAAAGCAUGGCAACACUUUUCAGACUCUGAAACUGAUUGUGAAAUUUAUUUCGGAAAAGAUUCUUUAAGACCAAUCCGGAGAGAUGAUGACGUCAUUUGUACAACAGAAUUCAGCAAGAUUGUUCCAUUAGAAUCUGGAGAAAUUAUUGUUCGUUUAUUGAACUCACGUCCAUCAGCAAAUAAUUAUUUCAACUCUACAGUUUUACAAGAAUGGACUAGAGCCACAAAUGUCCGAAUCCGUUUGUUAAGAACGAAAAAUUUGCUUGGUCACUUGAUGUCAGUCGCAAGACAAGAUCCAACUGUAACGAGACGUUAUUUCUAUUCAAUCAAAGAUAUUUCAAUUGGAGGUCGUUGUAUGUGUAAUGGACAUGCAAGCACUUGUGUGUUAGAUCCACGAUCAAAAAGCAAUAAUAUGCGAUUAUUAGCAUGUUCUUGCCAACAUAAUACAUGCGGAACACAAUGUGAGACUUGUUGCGAAGGCUUUGAACAGAAGAAAUGGAGACAAAAUACUGGAGCAAGACCUUUCGUAUGUGAACCUUGCAAUUGCCAUGGACAUGCUAAUAAAUGUCACUAUGAUGAGGAUGUUGAUGAAAGAGGAGAAUCAUUGGAUAUUCAUGGAAAAUAUGAAGGAGGUGGUGUUUGUGAGAAUUGUCAACACAAUACAAUGGGAAUCAAUUGUAAUCAAUGUGUGCCAAAAUUCUAUCGUCCAUAUGAAAGACAUUGGAAUGAAACUGAUGUUUGCAGUCCUUGCAAUUGUGAUCAUUUCUACAGUACUGGAAAUUGUGAAGAAGGAUCUGGUCGAUGUGAAUGCCGUAAAGAAUUCCAAAGUCCUGAUUGUGAUUCAUGUUCAGAAGGCCAUUUCGGAUAUCCACAAUGUAGACCUUGUGAAUGCUACUCAAAUGGAACUAUUGGUGAUCAUUGCGAAGCAACUGAAGGAAAAUGUCCAUGUAAAGAAAAUUUCGGAGGUGAUUAUUGUAAAGUCUGUGCUCCUGGAUAUUACAACUUCCCAGAAUGCAUACCUUGUGAUUGUAACGAGAUUGGUUCGGACGGAAACACAUGUGAUGAACAAACUGGACAGUGUGUUUGCAAGCCAAAUCAUGCAGGAAAGAAAUGUGACCAAUGUAAAGAUGGAUAUUAUGACUAUCCAAGCUGUGGAUAUUGUCAAUGUGACAUUCAUGGAACUGAACCUGAAAUUUGUAACAAAUUGACUGGUGAAUGUUUAUGUAAAGAUGGAUAUGGCUCAACACGUUGUGAUCGUUGCCUGCCUGGAUUUUUCAACUAUCCAGAAUGUGUUCCCUGCAACUGUUCAUCAGUUGGUUCAGUUUCACAUAUUUGUGAUUUCAAUGGAAAAUGUCCAUGCUUACAAAACUUUGCUGGAAAACGUUGUGAACAAUGUAUGGCUGGUUUUUAUGAUUAUCCUGAAUGUUUGCCUUGCAACUGUGACUCCCAUGGAUCAAUUGGUAUCAGUUGUGAUAAUGAAGGACAAUGUAAUUGUAACUCGAACUUUGAUGGCAAAAAUUGUAACUCGUGCAAGGAAAAUUACUACAACUAUCCACUUUGUGAAAGCUGUGACUGCAAUCCAGCUGGUGUUAUUGCCAAGUUUGCUGGAUGUGGAAGUGUUCCAGUAGGAGAGUUGUGUCAAUGUAAGGAAAGAGUUCAAGGAAGAAUAUGUGAUCAGUGUCGUCCACUAUACUGGAAUCUGAAUGUUUCUAAUUCUGAUGGAUGUGAAGAAUGUGAUUGCUUAACUGAUGGAACAAUCGGUGCACUUGACACAUGUAAUACAAAAUCUGGACAAUGUAGCUGUAAGAAGUUUGUUGGUGGCAGACGCUGUGAAGAAUGUAUUGAUGGAACAUUUGAUUUGUUUGGAACAUCACUUUUUGGUUGUAAGCCUUGUGGUUGUGAUAUUGGUGGCUCAGCUAAUCCUGUCUGUAAUAAAUUGAGUGGUGAAUGUCAAUGUAAUUCAAGAAUAACAUCAAGAGAUUGUACAAGACCACUUCAAUUACAUUAUUAUCCAACUUUAUAUCAAUUGAAAUAUGAAUAUGAGGACGGUGCUACAUCAACUGGAGCUCAAGUUAGAUAUCAAUUUGAUGAGACAGUUUUCCCUGAUUUCAGCAAAAUUGGAUAUGCCGUUUUGUCAGAAUUACAAAGUGAAAUAACAAAUGAAGUGAAUAUUCAAAAAUCAUCAUUCUAUCGACUUAUCAUCCGUUAUAUGAAUCCAUCUGAAGAGUCUGUUGUUGCUGAUAUUUCAAUUCAAUCAGAAAAUACUGUCAAUCCAGAUCAAGAUGGAAAAGUUGUAUUCAAGUCAAACAAGAAGCCAGAAUUUGUUACGAUGUCUGGAUUGAAAGGAGAUAUUGCAACUCCAAUUGUUUUGGAUCCUGGAAAAUAUUCUAUUGUAAUUAAGAGUGAUCAAUCAUUAUUCCUUGAUUAUUUUGUAUUGCUACCAGCUGCCUAUUAUGAAGCUUCAAUUUUAACACGAAAAAUUAUUAAUCCAUGCAAAGUUGAUUCACCAUCAGGUUUAUGCCAACUUUACAACUAUCCAUCAAUUGCUUCAUACGAUCCAGUCACAAAAGCUCACAUUAAUAGAAAUGAUGGAAGUGUCGAUGUAGUCGAAUAUUAUCAGAACAAAGAGCAUUUAUCAGCUCUUAAUGAAAAUGAACUACCAUUAAUUUCACAAACACAAAAUGAAUUAAAUUAUGUCAUUCAAGUACCACGUACAGGACGUUAUAUUUUAGUUUUGGACUAUAUUACUGACACAACAUUCACAGAUGCCGUUUUUAUAAGUGUCAAUCAAUUUGAUGUGACAGAACAAGAUGGAAUAAUUUUACUCUAUCCAUGUACAUAUAAAAUGGUUUGCAGAGGACCAGUCAUGGAUAAGGAAUCACGUGAAAAAGUCUUCUUCAUUGAAGCUGGUGACUCAAAUCCAUUCAUUGUGAAUGGUGAUAAUAUUCAAGGUGUUGCUAUUAAAUCAUUGACAGCGAUUCCUUAUGAUCAAUGGUCAACUGAUUUCAUUGAACCACAUCCAGUCUGUACAUCUAAGAAUGGUGCUUGUGUUGAAUCAAAAUUCACAACAGUUCCAAAUUCAAAGAAAAUUGAAUUUGAAGUGGAUCAAGAGGAAAAGGUUGCCAUCGAGAACUUGCCAGAAUUUUCAGCAAACGGAACUAAAACAAUUUAUAUUAGAAAUGACUCACCAACAAUUCAAUUCAGCAGUAAGGCUCCAGAAUCUGGUCGUUAUGUUAUCAUAGUUCAGUACUAUCAACCUGAACAUCCAAAAUUCAAUAUUGUCUAUCGUGUCCAAACUGAAAAUCAGAAUUACGAUGGAAAAUUCACUCUCAAUCAUUGUCCAUCGACAUCAGGAUGCCGUGGUGUUAUUCAACAAAAUGACAAUUAUGCUUGGUUUGACAUCGAUGAUGCAUUUACAUUCUCAUUCACAAAUGUUCAGCCUUAUGGCGUUUGGUUGGAUUAUUUCAUCCUUGUUCCAGUCGAAGUUUAUCAUGAGCGACUCUUGUCGGAAGAAGAAUUUGAUCAAACAAAUGAAUUCUUAAAGGAAUGUGGACAAGAUCACUUCAAUAUUCAAUUGAAUGCUUCAGAUUUCUGCAAAUCAUCUGUGUUCUCAUUAACAGCUGAAUACAAUGCUGGAGCUCUUCCUUGUAACUGUGAUAUUGAUGGCUCAAAAUCAUUUGAAUGUGAUCAAUUUGGAGGACAAUGUCAAUGUAAAGCUAACAUUAUUGGAAGAAUGUGUGAAGCAUGUAAAACUGGAUAUUAUGGAUUCCCUGAUUGCAAACCUUGUGAUUGUCCAAGCACAGCAAUUUGCGAAAAACAAACUGGAGAAUGUAUCUGUCCACCACGUGUAACUGGAGAGAAAUGCGAUCAAUGUGUUCCUUAUACAUUUGGUUUUGAUCAAAUCAUUGGAUGUGAGGAAUGUAACUGUAAUCCUCUUGGAGUUUUGAACGGAAACCUUCAAUGUGAUUUAAACAAUGGAUCUUGCAUCUGUUCAUCGAAUGUUGUCGGAAGAGCUUGUGACAAAUGUGCUAAUGGAUUCUUUAACUUCCCUUACUGUGGUCCUUGCAGAUGUGACUUACGUGGAACAACUCUUGAAGUUUGCGAUCAAGAUGAUGAGACUUGCUUCUGUAAAAAGAAUGUUCAAGGAGUUGAAUGUAGCCAGUGUGUUGAAGGAACAUAUAAUUUGCAAGAAAAGAAUCCUGAAGGAUGUACAAAAUGUUUCUGCUUUGGACAGACAACCCGAUGUGAAAAUGCUUAUUUGAGACCUUUUAAUGUUAGCAUGAUGAAGAACCUCACGCUUCAUACAAUCAAUGUUAAGAAUGGCAAAUGGGAGAAAGUUGAUUGGUCGACAGAUGAAAGCAUCCUUGUGAAUGAUACAACAGCUCAAGUCAUUAUUGGUGAUGUUGACAAUCCAGAACUUCUCGAUGGUUUCGCUUAUUUUGGCAUGCUUGAUUAUUUCAUCAAUCAAAAUAAUCAUUUGACAGCAUACGGAGGAUUUUUGAGAUACAACUUACUUUAUACGACACAAUUAUUUGGAAACUCAUUAAUUGGACCUGAUAUUAUUUUGGAAGCAAAUGAUGUUCAAAUUAAGCAUUUGAAUUAUCGUCAACCAGCAGCAGAUCAACGUUUUGAAGGAUCUAUAGAAAUGAUUGAGUCAAAUUUCCAAACUUUAACAGGAGCUCCAGUUUCUAGAGAACUAUUUAUGAUGAUACUUAAAGAUUUGACCAAGAUUUAUAUCCGUGCUGCAUACUUUGACAAGGGAAUGUUUACAUAUUUAUCAGACGUAACUCUAACUGUUGCUGAUGAAGAUCAGGAGAACUAUCAUUUAUAUCAAGAAAUUCCAGCAGAAAAGUGUAUGUGUCCACCAGGUUAUACAGGUAAUUCAUGUGAAAACUGUGCUCCAGGAUAUUACCGUGAUACAAAUGGUCCAUAUGGAGGUUAUUGUAUUCCUUGCGAAUGUAAUGGACAUGCCAGUACCUGUGAUUGUAAUACUGGAGUCUGCGAUGAUUGUGAACAUCACACAACAGGAGAUCAUUGUGAAAUGUGUGUUGAGGGCUAUUUCGGUAAUGCAACAAUAGGAUCUCCCAAUGAUUGUAUGAUUUGUGCUUGUCCAUUGCCAAUUGAUUCAAAUAACUUUGCAUUUGGAUGUGAAUUCUCACCUGAUGGAUAUUCAAUGAGUUGUGAUUGUAAACCAGGUUAUACAGGACAUAAAUGUCAAAGCUGCGCUAAUGGAUUUUAUGGUCGUCCAGAGAUUGAAGGAGAAGUUUGCAAACUUUGUGAAUGUUCAGGAAAUAUUGAUCCAACUCAGCCUGGUGCUUGCGAUACCGUUACAGGAGAGUGUAUACAUUGUUUAAAUAAUACUUUUGGAACAGCAUGUAAUCUCUGUGCUCCUGGAUUCUUUGGUGACGCUGUCCUUUUGAAGGAUUGUAAGAACUGUGAUUGUGAUGAUAUUGGAACUGAUCAUUGUGAUUCAACUACUGGAACAUGUGUUUGUCAUGAUAAUGUUGAUGGAGAUAAAUGUGACCGUUGUUUUGAUGAUCAUUUUGGAUUUGAAACAGGUUAUGGAUGUACUCCGUGUGAUUGUGGUGUAGCAUCAAAUAGCACUCAAUGUGAUGAUCAUACUGGAGAAUGUGCUUGUAAAGUUGGAGUUACAGGACGACAAUGUGAUCGUUGUUUACCAGGUUACUGGAAUUAUGGACCAGAUGGAUGCACACCAUGCUCUUGUAACACAGAAUUAUCACGUGGUCUUGGAUGUAAUCCACAAACUGGACAGUGUGAAUGUUUAAGAUCAGUUAUUGGUGAAAAGUGUGAUUCAUGUCCAAAUCGCUGGGUCUUUAUUGAGAACAUAGGAUGCGAAGAAUGUGAUGGUUGUCAUCAUGCAUUGCUAGAUGUUACAGAUAGUCUUAAAGCUGAAUUAAAACCCGUUGUCAGUGAAUUGAGUACCGUAACAAAAUCUUACUAUACAACUCAAAAAUUAAAGAAAUUGAAUGAAGAAACAGAAGAGUUAAAGCCUGAGGUUGAAAAACUUGAUCCAAACAGUAAUAAUUUGUCUGAGCAAGUGAAUGAAAUAGAAUCAUUGGAGAUGGACACAAAGAACCAUAACAAAAAAUCAAAUUACAUUACUGAAAAGGCUGCUGACUUGAAAAAAGCAAGUGGUGAUUUGCAAAAGAAAACAGACGAAGAAAAAGGAACUUAUAGAGGUGUUACAGAUGAUGUUAAGAAUACAAUUAAAGAAGUUGGUGCUUUGGCUAACAAUUUUGACUCAGAUGAAAAGGCAACAAAGUUAGAGAAGGCAAUUGAGAAUGCAGAAGAAUACUUUGACUUAAUUAAAGCAUUUGAUCCUGAAGUUUUGUACAAAAAUGCCCAAAAAACUGAAUGCAAUGUUGAAUCAGUAUUCGAUGAUGUCCGUAAAUUUUCUGAGCCAAUCAACAGUCAAAAAGAAAAUCUUGACAUCUUUAAGAAAUCUCUCGAGGACUUUAAUAAUAAAAUUGAUGAUUUACGUGACAAGAGCAGAGAAAGUCAAAUGAAUAGCUUGUUUGCUGAGAACAUGAAUAAAAAGAACAAGGAAUCAAGACUCGUGCCAAAACUUGAUACAAUUUCAAAUCUUAUGAAGGAAGCUGACGAUAGUUUAAAGAACGGAAAAGGCUUGAAAGAUCAAGGUGAAAAGAUGUUAACUGAACUUGAUUUAUCAUUUGGUGAUGUUGAAAGAUUAAAUAAGGAGCUUAGUAAUCUAAACAAGGACAUUGACAAUAAGUUGCCCAAGAAUGAAGAUGAAUACCAAAAAAUUGCACCAUUAGUACAAAAUGCAUUAGAUCACAUCCUUUUAUUAACCAAUAAGAAGGAUGAAUUGUUCAAUCAAUAUUCUAAUAUUACCGCAAAUUCAAAUGAUGCAAUUAAGGCUGUCAAUGCUUAUGGUGAAAUCCAAAACUUUGUUGAAGUUGCAAAGAACAAGUCACAAGCAGCUUUUGAUGAAGCAACAAAGGCUCUUGGUUUACUUUAUGGUAUGAGUGAUAAUGCUGGAAAAUCUUAUCAAGAUUCAAAUGAUUUGGUUCAUGAAGGUCGUGAUGCACUUUCAAAUGUACAAUCAGAACUAAGUCCAGCUUUGCAAAAAUCUAAGGAUAAUUUAGGGAAUAUUAAGAAGAAGAUCGAUACUUAUACCAAUUUGCUUAAAUCAAUGAAUGAUACUGUCGAUGGUGUUAACUCUGAUCCAUUAACUGAAUCAUGGAAUCAAAUUAUUACAAACGCAGACGAUGCACUUAACUUGAAAAAGAGUUCGAAUGAUACUCUAGUUCCAGUCUUAGAAGGUAUUCAAGAAACUGCAGAUAAAACAACGAAAAUUGGAAAGGAUAUUGAGGAUACUACCAAAGACAUUGUUCAAGCAUCAAACCAAGUACAACGUGUAGGUGAACUUGUUCCAAAUAUCAUUGGAUUAAUUGAGGAUUUGGAGACUAAACAGAAAAAUUUAGAUACUCUCAGUAGUAAUCUAAACAAAGACAUAGAACGAUUAAGAAGACAAAUUGGACAGGCACGAUCAAUUGCCAACUCAAUUCAGCUUGGAGUUAAUUUCAUGCCUAAUACAACUUUAGAAUUGAAAACUCCUGAAAAUCUCCAAACUCAAACAUUCAACACAAAAAUAUCGACUUACUUUAAAACUGACAAGCCAAAUGGUUUGCUUUUCUAUCUUGGAAAUGAGCAAAAGCCAACCUCAAAAUCUAAGCGUGCUGAUUUUAUGGCUAUUGAAAUUGAAAAUGGAUAUCCAGUUUUACUUGUUGAUGUUGGUGAUGGCCCAGAAAGAAUCAUUAGCAGCAAGCUUGUUGAUGAUAAUAAAUGGUAUGAAGCAAUUGUUGAACGUAAAGGCAAGGAUGUUACAUUCAUUAUUCGCGAAGAAGAUGAUCAAGGAAAUGAGCAGUUACAUGAAAAGAAAGAAACUCUUGCUGGUGAACAAAUGAAUUUCCGAUUGGAUGAAAAUAGUAGAUUGUUCGUUGGAGGAUAUAGUGAUUAUCAAAUGCCAGACAGUAUCAAACAAUCGUCAUUUGAAGGAGAGAUUGAAAACUUGAAGAUCGGUGAAACAGAUGUUGGUCUAUGGAACUUCAUUGAUGGCGACAAUAAUAAUGUCGGAUCAGUUGAAAGAGAUAGAUUGCUUACAAAGGAAGCUAAACAUACAGGCUAUAGAUUCGGUGGUAACGGCUAUGUUGUUUUAGAUGCAAAACCAUUCAAUUUCAAGCAACGAUCACAUGUCAGUUUCAACUUCAAGGCAGCACGUGAUUCUCCUAAUGGUUUGUUAUUCUUCGUUGGCAAUCAAGAUCAUUACAUUUCUUUGGAACUUCGUGAUGGAAAUGUCAUUUUCCGUUUCAAACUUGGACAAGCAUCAGAAAUUGUUCAAAUUAAGAGCAGCAGUGUAUUUAAUGAUGAUGAAUGGCAUACUGUUUCAGCUACACGAGAUAGCGGUAAAGGUGCAUUGAAGGUUGAUGAGCACUUAUUAUUCCAAGAUACCGUAUAUAAUCCAGAAAGUUAUGUUGCACCUGAAAAGAUGUAUUUCGGUGGAUAUCCUGAUAAGAUGUACAUAUCAGGAAUAGAAACGAGAAACUUUGAUGGAUGCAUUGAUGAAGUACAGAUUGAAGGAACACCAGUUGAUCUGACAAGAAAUCUUGAGUCACAUGAUGUUUUGACUGGAUGUCCACAAAAGUUCUCGUCUGUUGUAGGCUUUGAACAUGGCAAAUAUGGUUAUCUUAAUGUAAAGAGUUUGGCAGUCAACAAUAAGCUCAACAUCAAUUUGAAAUUCAAAACCAUUCAAUCUAAAGGAAUAAUCUUCUACGGAAUGAAUAAUGAUCAAAGUGGAACAAUAUCUCUGACGCUUGAAGAAGGUAUGCUAGUGUUGAGAAGUUCAGCAAGUGAAUUGAAUACUGAAUCUGUGAGAUUUGAUGAUGGAUUAUGGCACGUUGUAACUGCAAUUCAUGAUGACAAGAAGUUGAAGCUUUCAAUUGAUGAUAUUCAUGAAUUUGAGACAAGCGAUCCUCCACCGACUCUCAUGAUCAGUUCCGGACAGUUAUUCUUUGGUGGAUUGCAAACUGGUUUCAAAACUAUUGGCGGUGCUGUUCCAAAUGACGCAUACUUUGUUGGAUGUAUUCAAGAUGUUACCAUUAAUACCAAUGUUGUUAAUUUCGCUAGCUCAACAGAUAAGGUUAAUGCCGUUCUCAAUAGCUGCCCAAGAGACAUUAUUGAGUAUGAUAAGAAUAUUGUACCAUUCUAUUAUCCUGAUGGAACAUCAGAAAGCUCAGUUUUAGAACCAGUAACUGAUUUGAUUGAUGUACGAUUCAAAGAAGACGAUUUAGCUCCAGUUGAUAAAUCAAGAACUACCACAUCAACAACUCCAGUUCCAACAUCAUUAACAACACAAGAACAAGAACAACAAAUAAUAACGGAACCAACAACAAUUUUGACUACAACAGAAUCUACAUCUACAACAUCUACAACAACAACAACUGCCAAGCCCAAACCAGUUUAUACAGUUGAUCAAAAGAAUCCAGAAUGUUAUCUUCCAGCCAUUCCAGAUUAUGAUGUUGACUUCGAAUCAGCUGGAUUUAGAUUUGGUGCAAAACAAUUCAGUUAUAUUGAAUAUGCAUCCGAACCAGACAUCACAAAGACAUCAUUUGACUUUUCACUCAAGUUCCGAACUGAAAGACAAAAUGGUUUACUCUUCUAUGCAUCAGAUGAAAGACAAACUGAUUUCAUUGCUGUGUACUUAAAGGAUGGCUACAUUAACUACGUUUUCAACUGUCGUGGUGCAAGAAUCAGCAUCAUUUCUGAUAAGCAAUACGAUAAUAAUGAGUGGCACACGAUUAACUUUAAGAAGGAGAAGGGAGUUGUGUCAUUGAGAGAUGAGAAUGGAGAUGAAAAGAAGCAAGAAUUGAAAUGCAAGCCAUAUGACUUCAAGAGGAAUUACUUUGUUGGUGGCGGUCCAAAUGAGAAGGACUUAGAAGAUAUUGAAAUAAAUCUUAAGUUUGAUAAGGGACAUUUCACAAAUAAUGCAUACUUUGGAUGUAUUAAGGAUGUAGCACUUAAUGGUCAGCCACUUGAGCUUUCAGAAUUCCCAACAGAAGCUGUUUUGCCAUGCUCAGACUUAAUUGAAAGUGGUGUAUUCUUCGGUAAAAGUGGAGGUUUUGUUAAGCUUCGCGACAAAUUCAAAGUUGGAAGUGAUCUUACAAUCAGCAUGGAUAUUAAGCCCAGAAAUCUCACAGGUGUACUUACAUCAGUUCAUGGAAAGAAGUCCUUCUUCAUUGUUGAGAUGAUUAAAGGAAAUGUUCACUUCUCCGUCGAUAGUGGUGAUGGACCUAGAAAUGUUAUAUUCCAACCAGAUCCUGACAAGAGUCUUUGCGAUGGAAACUGGCAUACAGUUACUGUCAUUAAGUCUAGAUUCAUCUUAUCGAUCAACGUUGAUCAAUUCUCAUCUGAACCAAACGUCGGAAGCCCUGAUAAGCACACAGUGGUAGAUACAACACGUCCACUCUUCAUUGGAGGACAUCCACAUUUAGCUAAAAUCAGAGGUCUUAAAGGAAGACAACCAUUCCAGGGAUGCAUCAGAAACUUCAAGAUCAACGAGGUAAAUGAAAAGAUUACACCUCAGAUGUCAGUUGGACAUGUUGAAUGCGGUGUAUGUCAUCUGAACUAA